CAGGCAUGGCUAUAUCUAUCCCAAACUCCACAAUGUUUCAUCACAAAAUAUAUGCUCUUCGAAAAGUUAAUGAAAUACAGGACCAACAACACAUUGCUCAAAUGAUAUAUCAACUUAAUCAUCACAACUUCUACAACUCCACACUCAAAAUUCGAUUACAACAAAUUCAAAAUGCAGCUGCAACUAAUACAUCUAUACUGACCAAUCAUUCAUACACCCUAAGUCAAGAAGAACACUUCUCUACGACGGCAAAAAUGUUACAAAGUCUACAUCAAGCGAAAGUCUCUAUAAAACAUGCUGAUAUCUGGCCCAAACCUCUAACCUUUCAAGGCACAACUAUAAAUUACAUCCUACAACAACUCAAAUCAGCCUACAAAAUCAAAACAAAACUCAAUAAAUUAGAAAUCUAUGCAAUAGAACAAUGCACAAACUAUACGCACUCACAAACACUUAUCUGGACACAUAUCGCACAAACUAUACCAAAAAUACAAAGAGGCAGAAAACCCAAAUGGUUCGAACAAAUAACUCAGCAAACCAAUAAAAUCAUUGGGGAUGAGAACUACAAGCUGCUUACACCAAACCCUUACACUCUUAAAGCCAAACAGAUUAACAAGAAAGACUGGGUCUACAAUACUAAAACAAAAA